AUGGUACAGAGGAAGAGUCAAACUAACACCAGGGCCAUAAAACUACUCCUGGAAAUGCCCAAAACUCCGACGAAAGCCUUGGCAAAUAUAUGUUCUUGGGCGAUGAAAUGUCAAACUAACACCAAGGCCAUAAAACUACUCCUGGAAAUGCCCAAAACUCCGACGAAAGCCUUGGCAAAUAUAUGUUCUUGGGUGAUGAAAUGUCAAACUAACACCAAGGCCAUAAAACUACUCCUGGAAAUGCCCAAAACUCCAACGAAAGAUAUAUGUUCUUGGGUGAUGAAAUGUCAAACUAACACCAAGGCCAUAAAACUACUCCUGGAAAUGCCCAAAACUCCGAUGAAAGCCUUGGCAAAUAUAUGUUCUUGGGUGAUGAAAUGUCAGACUAACACCAGGGCCAUAAAACUACUCCUGGAAAUGCCCAAAACUCCAACGAAAGAUAUAUGUUCUUGGGUGAUGAAAUGUCAAACUUACACCAAGGCCAUAAAACUACUCCUGGAAAUGCACAAAACUCCGACGAAGGCCUUGGCAAAUAUAUGUUCUUGGGCGAUGAAAUGUCAAACUAACACCAAGGCCAUAAAACUACUCCUGGAAAUGCACAAAACUCCGACGAAGGCCUUGGCAAAUAUAUGUUCUUGGGCAAUGAAAUGUUUUAUAAUACGACCCCUCGUCUGUACCACCGUAAGAAAAUGCAAUAUACACUUUAAUUUAACGGACACUUUUACUUUCUGUUCUGGCCCACACGGUCGUCACGAGUCACCCACACUCACUCGCUUCAUAACCGUCACCACACAAGAGGAGCGGUGCCUGACUCGCCGUGUUGAGCCUGAUAUUCCCUGUUACCUCACUUGCCUUGACGUCUGUUUUGUGAGGCAGUGUUUGUUCAGUUGGUCAUUUGAGGCGUCUGGUGAGGAAGGGGUGUAAGGGAUGGAGCCAUUUUUUCCCGCCUUGCACUGGGAACAUCUCACUACACAUCCCAGGAAGAACAAGACACAAGUUGCAUAGGAAAAGCGACCGUGGAUUUGGUGUUCUGAGGGUCAUUUUUCCCUCGCAACUUGUGUCUCGUUAGGGGCAUUUUUUUCCUGCUUUGUACUGGGAAAGUCACGCUACACAUCCCAGGAAGAACAAGACACAAGUUGCAUAGGAAAAGCGACCGUGGAUUUGGUGUUCUGAGGGUCAUUUUUCCCUUGCAACUUGUGUCUUGUUAGGGGCAUUUUUUUCCUGCUUUGUACUGGGAAAGUCACGCUACACCUCCCAGGAAGAACAAGACACAAGUUGCACGGGAAAAUCGACCUUGGAUUUGGUGUUCUGAGUCACUUUCUCCCUUGCAUUUUUGUCUAGUUUGUACUGGGAAAGUCAGCCUUCAUAUCCCAGGAAGAAAAAGACACAAGUUGCAUAGGAAAAGCGACCUUGUAUUUGGUGUUCUGAGUCACUUUCUCCCUUGCAUUUUUGUCUAGUUUGUACUGGGAAAGUCAGCCUACACAUCCCAGGAAGAACAAGACUUAAGUUGCAUAGGAAAAUCAACCUUGUAUUUGGUGUUCCGAGUCACUUUCUCCCUUGCAUUUUUGUCUAGUUUGUACUGGGAAAGUCAACCUUCACAUCCCAGGAAGAACAAGACUUAAGUUGCAUAGGAAAAGCGACCUUGGAUUUGAUGUUCCAAGGGUCAUUUUUCCCUUGCAACUUUUAUCUUGUUCUUUCCCGGUGCCGUCGAAAACACGUCCUUUGUCCCUCACGCCCCUUCUCCUCCCGACGCCUCAUUUGCUGUACGUCACUCGCAUACAGUCUCACUCACCAGUCCAUGAUGUUUACCUAGACUUGGUGCGCAUUCAAUCAGUCACUUGCAAUGUUGUUUGACUCACCAAAGCAUGUGCGGGAUAUUUUAAACGUGGUAUUAGUGUUUUGUUAACGAUUCUAUGGCUGGCUUGUCUUCCUACUUCCAUUUUGGGGAUGAAUUUAGACAGAAAAUCAUCCUGUUAGUAUUUAUCAGCAAUUCUGUGGCUAGUUUGAGUUUUUAUUUCCAUUUCUGGGACGGGUCGAUACUGAGUGUCCGAUUUUCACAGAGUCGACAUAUUACGAAAUCAGUCAGAAAGUUUAGUUGCAGGAGUUAAGGUUUUAUUUUAAGGUUUUAUUUGAGUAACUGUGAAUGUGACCCUGUUGACAGCAUUUGGCACUGAAGUUGAAGUUGAAAUCGAAAGAAAACUGCUUGAAAUAAAUAGAUAUAAUAUUAAGAAAGACUGCCAGGGAUGAGUUUAAGAGCUGUAGAUGCCAUGAUAGUUUGUGUACAGUUUCAGGAGUUAGGUUUAGAAAGUUGAGAAAGAAACACACUUGAGAAAAGAGAGGAAGAGGGACUGUGAGAGGGGUGAGUGCAAGGGUUUUAAAUAUCAAGAUAGUGUCUUUAGCUGCAGGAGUUAUGUUUUUAUUUUAUGGUUUUAUUUGAGUUCCUGUGAAUGUGACCCUGUUGGCAACAUUUGGCACUGAAGUUGAAGUUGUGACGGAAAGAAAACUGCUUGAAAUAAAUAGAUAAAAUAUGAAAGACUGAACAAGGAUGAGUUUAAGAGCUGUAGAUGCCAUGGUAGUUUGUGUACAGUUUCAGGAGUUAGGUUUAGAAAGUUGAGAAAGAAACACGCCUGAACAGAAGAGGAGGAGAGACUGUGAGAGUGAAGAUUUUAAGAGCUGUAGAUGUCAUAGUUUCUUAAUAGUUGCUGGAGUUUGGUUUUUAUUUUAGUCACCGUGAACUUGUGUGGGAGAGACUCGUAGCCCGUCCAGCCCCAUAAGGGAGAGUACGGAUGUUAAAUGAAAAGAAGAAGAAGAAGAGGGAAACAACUUGACACUUUUGGGGACGUGAAUGACGGGAAAGUUGAGAUGGAAAGAAACACGAUUGAAAUUGACAUGACUUGACUGAUGCAGAGUGGCUUGUGAACUGUCCGACACCACAUACCCACCACCUCACACACACUCACUCACUCACUCACUCACCAUAAACACCAGUGCCACCAGGAACACAAGAGGACACAGUAAAAAAUUGAGGAAAGGAAGAUGCUUGAGAGACGUAAAGAAAUAUAGCUUCCUGCAAAGAAAUAUAGAGGUUUGGAACAGACUAAGUGAGGAUGUAGUAUCGACGAAGAGUGUGCAAAGCUUUAAGGAAGAGUUGGACAAAUACAGAUACGGAGACGGGACCACACGAGCGUAAGCCCAGGCCCUGUGAAACUACAACUAGGUAAAUACACACACUCACUCACAAUCGCACAGAAGGGUAGAAUUGCAUGGUGUCAGAACUGUAUUACAAAGACCUGUAUUAGUUCAGUCUGUGUCCAUUGAAAAGUUUGGCACUGUCUGAUAUUGCACAAGGAAAGACACCUGCUCAGAGGCUUGGCUUGCUCUCUGUCUAUCUACGGGCCGCUUUUACAAUCACUCUUUGUUAUGAUUGUUACCAACGGCGGUGAUCGACGCUAUAGUUUUCCACGUGAAACUGGCCUAUGGGGUAGUGGCGGCUGCAGAGGAAGCAAGAGGUGUUGAGAGUGUGUGGCAAGGUGCGGGGCUAGGGCUAGGCUAAUCCCGCAGCCGCCACUACCCCAUCAGCCAGUUUUACGUGGAAAUACCAUAGCGGCAAUAACAGCCAUUGGUAACGAUCAAAACAAACAAAACAACUGUGAAAGCGGCCCUAUGUCUCUCUAUCUCUCUCUCCCCCCCUUGCAACAUGUGCCUCCCUCUUUUGCCUUAUCAAACACGUAUGUCUGACAGUAACUCACUCACACCUGGUCCUGGCUUGCUGUGUUAUGGACUCCCUCCCUCCGUGUUCCUUGCCUGUAUCUGCACCUCACUUCCCCCACGCUUGCUGGAAUCCUUUAUUGGCUCACGUGGGGGCCGCUUUCACAGUUGUUUUGUUUGUUUUGAUCGUUACCAAUGGCUGUUAUCGACGCUGUAGUAUUUCCACGUAAAACUGGCCGAUGGGGUGGCGGCUGUGGGGUUAGCCUAGCCUACCACCUUGCCACACACUCUCAACACCUCUCGCUUCCUCUGCAGCCGCCACUACCCCAUAGGCCAGUUUCACAUGGAAAUAGUAUAGCGUCGAUCACCGCCAUUGGUAACGAUCAAAACAAAGUGACUGUGAAAGCGACCCUAAGUCUCGGGCUCUCCAGAAGUGUUUGUCUAGUCACAGUUGCUGCUCUAGAGGCAGUACAGUUGGUGUGGGAGUGUUGUGUCCAUCCAGCGACCCUCCAGUACCUGCAGCUAUAAUAGUUUGAACCAGAGCCGUAGAAUAGGAGAGUCUGGCCACCUUCAUCACAGGCUCCGUGUUGUUGAGUACUCUGAGGUCAUGGUGCUGUGGUGUCACCGCUCGGGGCACCAGCAGGGCAGAAAAGACUACACUCAGGGGCCUUGUGUGUUGCAGUGCUGUAUAACCCAAUAAAGUUAAGUGCAGA